CGUCAACCCAGACAUAAGCCGAGUUCCGGGAAUGGGGCUUCUCUACUCUGAGCUUGUUCAGGGGAUUCCUCCAAUAUUCCCUCAUCUUAUUGCCAGUGUGUCAUCCAUCCAUUCAGUCCUUGUCUUUGUUUCGAUCAAGGCCAUCCCUGUCAGCCGAGUUGCUUUGGAGGAGAGGUUCCUAUUUCGCCAUGUCGAGCCUAGAGAGUACCGAAUGUUCCGUUGUGUGGUGAGGCACGGUUACAAGGAUGGACUUGAAGAUCCUAUCGAGUUUGAAUCCCAAUUAAUACAAAAUCUUAAGGCCUUCAUUCAACAAGAGAGUUUUAUGCUUACUGAGGGGGCUGAUGUAGCAGAAAGUAGUGAUCAGAUGGCACUCAAGGAAGCAGAAGCACAAGUAUUGCAGGAAGGAACUAAAGUAAGGUCUGCUAAUUCUUCCAGCAGAAUAAUUCCAAACAAUAAUAAUCAAGGCAUUGUGUCUCGUGCCUCCUCGGAUCCCAUUGUUCAUGUGGCACCUAACAAGUCGUCCACUUUCUCUGAUCCGCCCAUCCAGGGUGCUGAAGAUGAGGUCAAGUUCAUAGACAAGGCAAUGGAAAAGGGUGUGGUGUAUAUGUUAGGCGAAGCAGAGGUGGUGGCUCAACCAAAUUCAUCUUUUCUCAAUAAGAUAGUUGUCAACUAUGCUUACAGCUUCUUGAGAAAGAACUUCCGCCAAGGGGACAAGUUGAUGGCAAUUCCUCGUAAGAGACUUCUCAAGAUUGGAAUGACAUAUGAAAUAUAACUCCAUAUUUCAGUGCACAUUAGUAGGAAUCGCUUGCUCCUUCUCUUGCUCUCUCACAUUCACCAUUUGAUACAUCAUACAUGUAAGGUCAAUUUUUUUUAGUGUCUUAAUAUAUAGAAAUAAAACAAUCAAGUAUCAAAUAAUGAAUAUAACAGAGCAAGUUUCUAAGAAUUUCUCGGGGCAAAAGUCUUUGAUGAUUCACUGAAACAUGUCAAUAGCCAUAUAAAUGUAUAUCUAGUACAUCUGUAACUACUA